GGUUUCUUUUCUCUGGGACUUGCGGCAGUUUCCGUCCAGUCAUGUCGGAGAUUGAGCAAGAGCCGGAGCUGGGCUUUCGGAGACGAAGCACCCAGGACGCAUUGACUCCCUCUCCCUCCCAAAGCCUAAGAUCAGAAGCACCUCUCUAUUCUUUGAGCCUAUGGGACAGGCACUGUGGGCUACAUCUACAGACUGACAUGAUGGAUACCCCUUCAUCACUUACACCAAAAUUAUUUGCAGUGACCUGUUCGACACCAACACACAAUCAUUCAUGUGAAGGAAUAACGUGUCCCCACUGUCUAAUGACAACCACAAAAACUACGCUACUGGCAGAAAAUGAAGUCGAAGCACAAAAACUGGCCAACAAUUACAAGUUCGGGUUCAAGAAAUGGAAAAGCCAUGUGACACAGAGACCUUUAGAAGACCGUUCUGCAAUAGUGAAAGAGCUGUAUUCAGAUCUAAAUGUCAUCAAACAAUAUUCAGGAUCUCUGUUUACCUUUGGCAACCUGUUGUACGUGCUGUUGUUUGGAUGGUGGGUCGCCAUGCUGUACCUUGUAAUUGCUAUACUUAUGUUUGUUACAGUUGUGGGCAUACCUCAUGGGAAGCUGUGCUGCAGUCUUGCUGGCUAUUACUUCUGGCCAUUUGGGAAGGUAAUUCAAAAGAACCUAAAUGACUCCACUGGAUCUUUCCAGCCAUACUUAUAUCCUAGGAAAAGCAGUGUUCGAUUUUAUGGUGAGGAUAUUCCUGAGGCGACUGCAGUGGAGACAACCAACCUUCUUGGUGUUACUGAAAGGAUUGGGGAUGCCUCGUUACACACUACCUCGACUGAAGUUAAGUACUGGCAUCGUCUUAGCACCUAUGUAUGGUUUCUUCUGGGGUAUCUGCCUCUUGUGCUUGUCCAUGGUCUGGCUUCCUUCAUUGCCUGGAUCCUGGUUAUCACCAUUCCAGUAGCCAAGCUAAAUGGCAGAGCUAUUGCUGUUGUUCUACUGAUCCCUCCGGAACAGCUGCAGAUCAGACAGCCCAAGAGGACUGAAGUUCCACUGGAUGGAGAAGUGGUCCUCUGUUGUUACCAUGCUAUGAAUUUCUACUAUUACAAAUAUACUGUGGUUGGCAUUAAUGUAUUUGCUGUGAAUCUGCUACCUCUAGUAAUAGUUGCUCUGGUGUUGGGUUAUGGAGAUACAGAGAAUCGCUAUGCCAGCUCUCAUGUGAAAUUUGCACUUUCUGUCAUAGCCAUUGUUCCUUUGUCUCAUUACAUUGGGAUGGCAAUUGCCAGUAUUUCAGCUCAGAGUAACUUUGCAGUUGGUGCAGUGGUAAAUGCUACAUUUGGCUCAAUCACUGAGUUGACCUUCUACAUAACUGCUCUGAUCAAAGGCAGCCAUAAAGGAAACAAAUGCUAUGAAGAAGUUGUGAAAAGUGCUCUGACUGGAACCUUGUUAGGAUGUGUCCUUUUUAUCCCGGGUAUAUCCAUGGUGAUUGGAGGAUGCAAGCAUCAGGAACAGAGGUUCAAUAGCCGGUCAGCUGGUGUUAGUUCAGCAUUGUUGUUCAUAUCAGUGGGAGGUGUGUUUGCACCAACACUCUUUUCCAAAGCCUAUGGAAGUCUAAUAUGUCAAGGUUGCACCAACUCAACACAGAAUGGAUCUGGUCCCUUUGAGUGCAGUGACUGUCAUUUCAGUGGGCUGCAGAAUGCCUUGUUUCACAGUCAUGUCCAGCCCCUUAUCUACACGGUCUCACUACUUCUGCCUGCAUCGUAUGUGAUUGGUCUUGUCUUUGCACUGAAAACUCACAACCACAUCUAUGAUAUUCACAUUAGUGACCGCCAUGUUUCAGGACACAGCCACAAUGUUGUCAUUCACUGGUCACGAUGGAGAGCUGUGGUACUGCUCAUUGUAGCUACUGUUUUCAUGUCUGCCUGUGCAGAAUUGGUGUCUGAGCACAUUAAUCCAUUGCUGUCUAACUCUGCAAUCUCAUCAUACUUCCUUGGUGUAACGGUCUUAGCGAUGGUCCCUGAACUUCCUGAGAUAGUAAAUGGCAUCCAGUUUGCUCUGCAGAACAACAUCAGCCUCAGCCUGGAAGUUGGAAGUUCCAUCGCUGUGCAAGUGUGUAUGCUGCAAAUCCCAAUCUUGGUACUUUUCUCAGUCAUUUAUCCUGUAGGAUUUAAUUUGCUCUUCAGUGAUCUCCAUCUUUGGGCAUCAAUAUUCAGUGUCAUCUUGAUGAAUUAUAUCUUUAUGGAUGGCAAGUGUGACUAUUUCCAGGGAACAGCGUUGGUGGUAGUCUACCUCAUCAUUAUAUCCAUGUAUUUCUUUGCCCCAUCUCAAAGUGGGUGCUGAAAUGGAAUUGCUGAACUUUUUUUUUCCAAAAGCUUGAACAACUCAUAGGAUUCUUAUUGGCAGCCAGUAUGCCUUGGGAAUCUUCCAGGAAUGGGAGCUGUUGCUGUUUUGAUUUGAGCUUCAGUGCUGGUGUUAAUGGCUGACAGACACAACUUUAACACUGUUUGAAGACCCACUGUCCUUUUCUCCAGUGUGUCCCCUUGUUUUCACAUUCUGCAUUUUGGGGAAGAAUAGAGCUUGUUUCCUCGCUUUAAAAAUUUCUUUUUGGAAGAGAUUCUGUAAGCCAAUCCUCUCUCUGAAACAUUGCUGACUUGUAUAUUACAAGAACAAUUUCCCUGUCUGUCUGAAGAUUACAGUUUGUGAUUCUAUUUUAACAGCUGUGGCUGAUUUUGAUCUAAAUAUGAUUUAUGUUUUGGAAGGACUGAACUUGUACUACCAACUCUGGUUAAAAAUACUUGAAGCUGUGACUUUCUUGCUAUACUAACUUACUAGGUGUACAGUGUUGGAGGCACUAGGAACUUAUUGUAUUUAUAAAGUCAAUAAUUGUUUAAAAUAAAAUUUGUAU